AUGCCUAAGAACGACCCCAAGACUGUUACCGUCAACGUUGAGGAGUUCACUAGGACUCGCGAUAGUGUUCUUGCCAGCAUCGCGCAAUUGCAGUCCGCUGCCUUUGAACUGUCGCGCGCAUAUAUUAACCAUAGCAACGCGGUUCUUGGUGAAGAAAACUCCAAUGUUGAUUUCACAACAAUCACCAAUGCACUCACCGCGAGUCUCAAGGAGGCUGGCUUAGUCGGCGCGCCUAUCUCAGGUGCCGGUGGCGAGCCAGGCCCUGGCGAAAAGAGGAAGCGCAAGCGCACUGACCCCAAUGCGCCCAAGCGAACUCUGACUCCGUUCUUCCUGUACAUGCACCACAACCGGCGUCAUAUCGCAGAAGAGCUAGGGUCCGAUGCGAAGCCCAAGGAAGUCUCGAAUGAAGGGACUAGGCGCUGGGCUGAGAUGCCCGAGUCCCAGAAAGAGGUUUGGAAAAAGCUCUAUGCAGACAACCUGGCGACCUACAGGGAGAAGGUGGCAGCGUACAAGGCUGGUCUCCCUUACGAUCAUGACGACAACGAUAAGGCUGCCGACCAACUGCACCUAGACGUUGCUGCUGCCGAAGGGUCUGGCGAUGAAGACGAAGAAAGCGAGGAUGAGGAGGAAGAGGAAGAGUCCUCCCCUGAACCAGCCAAGGAACCUACACCUCCCCCUCCCACCAAGCGUCGCCGCAGUGAGGGCAAGCCGAAGGAGGCCUCUUCUCCUGUUACCGAAAAGAAGCCCCGAAACAAGUCACCGGAAAAGAAGAAGCGUGCUCCUGCCAAGAAAGACAAGGAGACGCCGCGCAAGACCGCUCCUGCCGAGACGGGGAAACAGACCAAGAAGAAGCGUAAGAGCGAGGUCGGCAAUGACGAGUAA